CACAGCGGCUGACCACAGCUCUUUUGUUCCGAAGCAGAGGAGAUGCCAGCAGGGAAGAGCCCCCGGAGCCCAGCGCCCCCAUGAAGGAGGAGGCGCUGGAGGCAGGAGACAGGUGGACACCGGGGGCCCCGGCACAGCAGGCGCAGGAGGCAGACCGUGGGGGAUGUGCGCAUGUUCCGUGGCACCUUUUUGCUGAAGGGCUGGAGCCGAAAGUCUGCUCCGUGGGCAUGAUCCUCUGCACACCAAGGGCCUGGCCCGGGAAGAAUGACUGCACGGAGACGCCGAGCCCGAGCCGGAAGAUGGUGACCCGGGAACAGCGCUGACUGCAGAGGAAGCCGGCCCGCCGCCUCCUCCCGCGUGUCCACCAUGCUCCAGUGGCGGCGGCGGCACUGCUGCUGGGCCAAGCGCUCCCUGUUCCGGGCCCCCCUCGUCGGGGCGCUCUCCCUGGCCUUCCUCUUUGCCAUGUUCUUGUUCUUCCACCACCACGACUGGCUGCCAGGCAGAGCUGGGUUAAAAGAGAACCCUGUGAUCUACACUUUCCGAGGAUUCCGUUCUACGAAAAGCGAGACCAACCACAGCUCUCUGCGGAACAUCUGGAAAGAAACGGUCCCGCAAACGCUGAGGCCUCAAGCUGCCACCAACCCCAACGACACAGACCUGUCGCCGCAAGGAGUGACGGGGCUGGAGAACACGCUCAGUGCCAACGGGAGCCUUUACAGCGACAAGGACACCGGACACCCACAUGCUCACCACUUCAAGUAUCUCAUCAACGAGCCUGCCAAGUGCCAGGAGAAGAGCCCGUUCCUAGUCCUGCUAAUCGCUGCGGAGCCGGAGCAAACAGAGGCCAGGAGAGCGAUUCGGCAAACGUGGGGCAACGAGAGUCUAGCCCCCGGCAUCCACAUCACACGGAUUUUUCUGUUGGGCGUAGCAAGUACUCAUUUAAAUGGCUACUUUCAACGCGCAAUACUGGAAGAGAGCAGACAACAUCACGACAUAAUCCAACAGGACUAUUUAGAUACAUACUACAACCUGACCAUUAAAACGCUAAUGGGCAUGAACUGGGUUGCCACGUACUGCCCACACGCUUCGUAUGUGAUGAAAACGGACAGUGACAUGUUUGUCAACACUGAAUACUUAAUACACAAGCUACUGAAGCCAGACCUGCCGCCCAGACAUAACUAUUUCACUGGCUACCUAAUGAGAGGCUACGCGCCCAAUCGAAACAAAGACAGCAAGUGGUACAUGCCGCCGGACCUCUACCCGAGCGAGCGCUACCCCGUCUUCUGCUCGGGGACGGGCUACGUGUUCUCGGGAGACCUGGCCGAGAAGGUAUUUAAAGUCUCUCUCAGCAUCCGCCGUUUGCACUUGGAGGAUGUGUAUGUCGGGAUCUGUCUUGCCAAGCUGAGGAUUGAUCCUGUGCCCCCGCCCAAUGAGUUUGUGUUCAACCACUGGCGAGUUUCUUAUUCCAGCUGUAAAUACAGCCACCUAAUUACCUCUCAUCAGUUCCAGCCCAGUGAGCUGAUAAAAUACUGGAACCAUUUACAACAAAAUAAGCACAACGCGUGUGCCAACGCGGCCAAGGAAAAGGCAGGCAGGUAUCGCCACCGUAAACUACACUAGAAAACACGAGACUUUUCUGUUCAAACGUGCAAUCUGUAAAAUAGUGCUAAAAGCAUGUAUAGUUAAAACGGAUGAGACCAUAGGACAAGUUUUAGUUAAAACUCAUCACAUACAAGAAUUCCAAAAUAUUUUUUUAAUUUAUGAAGAUGGUAAUUCUUAAAAGUACAUUAUAUAACAAAAAAGGUCUCCCGAGGGGAUCUAUAAAGAACUGUUUAAGGGGAUUCUGUGUAUUAACAUGCAAUAACAAGCAUGCAUAUGUCAAUGACUCAAGUCUCAUGUUAGGGGCCAGUAAGAUGUAUUUGCCUAUAUUUUCCUCAUGAAUUUUAAUUUAAGAAAUGGAGACAGUCCAAAGACCCUUCGUUUUAGAUUCAGCAUAUAAUUAAAUGUAAAUAAAACAUCACUGUUAAUUUUAUGAAGACUUUGUAAUUGUGCAAACGACAAAUUUUGUGACCUGACUACUCUAGGGAUCUAAAAACUGUAUUCCAUGCAAUAAGAUUCAGUUGAGUUAUUCCAGAAACACAUUUAUAAAGUUCAGGUGAUUCAUCAAUGCAGUUCUCAUCUAAGUACUUAUUUAAAAAAAAACAACAAUGGAGAUACUCAUUUUCUUUUACUAAGACUCACAUAUAUCGGGGAAAAUCUUUUGACAUGACGUGAUAAAAUGUGAAAAAUCAAUGUGUCUCAGGCUCAAGUUUCUAUAAAAAGUAAAGGUUUCAAAGUCGACAGAUGUGUUCUCUGGUUGGUGUGAGGGCCACGCUGGUACCUGAGCAAGCCACUCCACCAGCCGGCGACUGCGCUCUGCAGGAGUGCUUGCACUUCGCGCAGGCACAUCUAUAAAAAUAGAUCAUGUCCCUCUCGCUGAGGCAGAGGUGAUUACUUACAGGCACAAAGAGAAUGUGCUGCUGGAAGCAGAUAAAAGUAAAGAGCGCACAGCCGCCCCAUUCAAUCCUUUUCUAAGAUGCGUGCCUGCCAAGCGGCAGCAUCUGGGACUUUACUUCCUGACAGCAGGUGCACACACGCCAACUCUUAAUCACUCCAUGGCACCUACUUCUCGCCGAGCGCCAAGUUUACAAACCUGCAGUUUUUAAUCCGCUAGAUGACAAACAGUGUGCAUUACCUGUGAAAAGCCUUCUGGGGGAAGAGGGGAAAACUACCCAUGUUUGAUGAAGACUUGAUUCUAGGAUGAACAAUGUAUACGAUGCACUUUUAUCAGGUUUUUAAUAAAAAGGGUGAAAA